GGGUAACUUAGCAACGCAGAGACCGCGGAAUUAACUGAGUAGAGCAACUUAGCGCCCUGGAAGUAGGGUUGCUCAAGAGUCUGUUGACGCCUCAGUCUCUGAGGGCAUGCGGAGUGUGCACACUGCUGGAGAGAUGGCUUUGAACAUUCUCUCCGUGGCCCCUCUUUACCAAGGCCCUGCCAUCCAUGGGAUACGGGUAAGGACAGAGGCCCCUCUAACGCUGGCCAAGCCGCUAACACCCUUGGCCCCCUCCAAGUCCAAACUCACCACCAUCGAGGCCAAGAGGAUCAUGUCUGUCCUGGAUGAGGCCAUCUAUAAGGUGGAGCUGGUGACCCUGAUGUCAUAUGUGGAGUCCCACCCGGAGGCCCUGGAGGGCAUUCUGCAAGAGGACAUCAUGAGUGUCAUGAAAGAGCACAUGGACCUGUGCCAGGUGCUUCUGGAGAACGUUGAUGCCCUGCAGGAGGAAGAGAUGCGGCUGCGACAGGAGGAAGAUGCUGAGGAAAGGUGGUAUCAAGAUCGCCACCUCUCCAUCCAGCUGCACAAGGCCAACCUCCAGCCACUGAUGCAGGAGGUCCAAGACUCCAGCAAGAACGUCCUGAGAGUCCUGAUCUGUGACCCCCGGGCCACCAAGCUUCUGCAGGUGCAGGCACCAGGUAGGAGUGCAGAGGCCCAGCACUUCCUUCAGAGCCUGACUGAGCUGCGGGGAUAUCUGUUUGAGAAGCUUCUCACCAACCCCAUGGAAAUGAAAGAGAAGGCCCAGUUCAUACAGGACAUCACCCGGCGGAACAAGCAGAACCAAGAGCUCAUUGACAGCCUUGAAAACGAAGUGACAGCAAGACUGAAGAACAGGGACACAGAAGUGGAAAAGGAGAACUUUGUGAUCCAGGAACUGAAAAACCACCUGCACCAGGUGCUCAAGUUCUCAGAGAACAGCCUCCUCCGCACGAAGCAGGAGGCCGAGAAGCAGCAGAAGGUGGACUUCCGGGCCUCGCAGGCUAGGCUAGCCAAGAUCCAGCAGGAGCUCCUGAUGCUGCACUCACAGUACCACAACCAGGUCACGGAGAACCAGGAGGUGGAGCAGGCACUGAGGAAGAAAAAAUACAAAGUGGAGACAGAAAUUGAGAACUGGAUCCAGAAAUACGAUACGGAGAUGGGUGAGAAGCAGGAUGAGUACGAGGAUCUGGAAAGCAUCCACAAGGAGGAGAAGCUGCAGCUGGAGGAGCUGCGGCAGCAGCACGUGGUGCUGGUGGAGGAGUUCGCCCAGAUCCGGACGGAGCGCGAGAUCAACUCCAAGAAAAGGAUGGAGGCAGAGCGCGAAAUGCUGCGUAUGGUGAGGGCCGCCACGCUCAUCCAGGCCGUGUGGAAGGGCUAUCUGGUCCGCUCCAUGCUCAAGUCCAAGAGGAAGAAGAAGAAGCGGGGCAAGGGCAAAGGGAAGGCCAAGGGCAAGGUCAGGAAGUAG